AGGGUUUCGAAAGAGGGACGAGCCGACGAGGUCAAGUUCGAGCAGAGAGGGACGAAGGAACGCACGCUCGCGAUGGGGAGAAGACCUGCUAGGUGUUACCGACAGAUUAAGAAUAAGCCAUAUCCCAAAUCUCGGUUCUGUCGUGGUGUUCCUGAUCCUAAAAUCAGGAUCUAUGAUGUUGGAAUGAAGAAGAAAGGAGUGGAUGAAUUUCCAUUUUGUGUUCACCUAGUGAGUUGGGAGAAAGAAAAUGUGUCCAGUGAGGCUUUGGAAGCCGCUAGGAUUGCUUGUAACAAGUAUAUGGCCAAAUUUGCUGGAAAGGAUGCGUUCCAUUUGAGGGUCAGGGUGCACCCCUUCCAUGUUCUGCGAAUUAAUAAGAUGCUUUCAUGUGCUGGGGCUGAUAGGCUCCAGACUGGAAUGAGAGGUGCUUUUGGCAAGCCACAAGGAACCUGUGCAAGAGUGGCAAUUGGUCAGGUUCUUCUUUCGGUCCGCUGCAAGGAUAGCAACAGCCAGCACGCCCAGGAGGCCCUCCGUCGUGCUAAGUUCAAGUUCCCUGGACGUCAGAAGAUCAUUGUUAGCAGGAAGUGGGGAUUCACUAAAUUCAGUCGAGCUGAUUAUCUUAAGUUCAAGGCAGAGAACAGAAUUCUUCCCGAUGGUGUUAACGCCAAGCUUCUUGGAUGCCACGGGCCUUUAGCGAAUCGUCAGCCUGGAAGAGCUUUUCUAGAAGCUGCCUAAUCUUCUCAGCUAGUUGUUUCGUUUUGUCUUGAUUUUUAAGUUUUUGAUACUUGAACAAAUCUCUGUCAUUAUAUUUCGUUUGUAUUAACUCAUUAUUCAGGCCAGUUUUAAUUCAGUACCAAGUUUUGCUUAAGAA